ACAAGCCCUUGUGUAUUACAUAUGGAGUUUGUUUUAGUUUAUUGUCCUACAUUCAAUUAAUAAUCUUAUCACCACAAACUGCAUUGACCUAUAACUUUUUCAAGUUGGUUCAGACAAUACCAUGUGAAACUCUGCUCUAGUUUGUCCCAUUGUUCAAGACCACAAGUUUGAGAGAGACAAAGAAACUAGAAAUGGCUUUCGUGAGAAAUCUAUUGGGUGCCAAGAAGAUUCUUGGAGCCGCAACAAGCAAAAGGGCGACCUCAGCGGCACCAAAGGGGUUUCUUGCGGUGUACGUAGGAGAGAGCCAGAAGAAGAGAUAUGUGGUGCCAAUCUCAUACUUGAGCCAGCCUUCUUUUCAAGCUCUUCUGAGCAAAUCUGAAGAAGAGUUUGGGUUCAAUCAUCCAAUGGGUGGCUUAACGAUCCCUUGUCCGGAAGAUAUCUUCAUCAACGUAACGUCUAGGCUCCAAUGAUGAUGAUCAAACAUAUUGUUCUUCUAGUUAGAGAUAUACUUUGUUCCUUGUAAAUAGAGGAUAGUUUGUUUUUUUCCUCUCUUUCUUCCCGGAAGAGUUCUAAAAUUUGAAAGUGGAAUACAAUUUUUUAUGCUAUAAACACAGCAUAAUUCAUGUUAAAGUAAUUCAUUUUUGAUCAA